GGCCUGGCCCAUGGGGCCCUGGUCCUUCUGGUGAGAGUGGAGCUCAGAACUUGAGGCAUUAGUGUCCCAACCUCAAGGCUGGCUGAUCUGACCUUUCCCUUUUCUCUACUUGCCCCAGGCUGGUGGGGGAAGUCCACACAAGAUUCGGAUCCUGGGAGGGGCCCACGGUGAGCUCCCUAGAUCUGGGGCUGAAGCAGGCCGGCGGUUUACUGACGGUCUGGUCGAAGCCUGCCUGGGCCACAAGGGGGAAAGCUAAGGAGCUGAGCAGGGCCAGCAGGAGGACCUCUCUCUCGUGCUGGGAGCCCCCUGCAGCAGUGUGCUCGGGAGGCCUGCGCGGGAAAGGGCUGCCGAAUCAGGAACCGGCCCAGCCCAGUGCCUCUUCCUCAGCAAAGUCCCUCCUGCUUCCUCUAGGACCUCGCAGUGGCAGGAGACCCAGGCCCGGCUAGUCCUCCCUGACUGUCCCCAGCCCCCCAGCUGUCCCUCAAUUCCUCAGCCAUAUAAAGUAGGGUGCUAAGAACCUCUUUCAAAUGGCAGCCAGGAGGAUUAACAGAAAUAGCGGACAGGGAAUCACCUGGUAUAUUCCAAGCACACAGCCAAGUUUAGAAAUAGUAGAUGUACAUGCACGCUGGACCCCCCCCCCCCCCCGCCCCCAGCUCUCAGGACAGCUCGACGUCUCCAACAGCUGUGCACCUGGACACCUGACACAAGUCCCCAGGUCCCUUCAGUGCAGACGGGGGCAAGGGGGCAGCUGAGAAGACUCUGGGGGUCACACCUGCUCUACCCUCUUCUCUCCGUGUGGCCUUGGGCAAGUGACCAACCACUUGGAGCCUCACUUCUCAAGUGUGAACUGGGCUGGGCUUCCCUUCCUCACUGGAGGGUGGAGGGGACUGAGACACUGAGCCUACACUGCUCUGUACAGUACUGAUGAAUGAAGGGUUCUCGAACUUGUCUUUGUGAUGGAGCUGUUGCUGCCGAUGCUGCUGGUGGUGGUGAUGGGGACCAUGGUGGUGACCGUGACGGUGACGAUCGUGGUGGUGCUGGUGGCGGUACUAAUGAUGGUGACAGUAAUGAUACCAGUGAUGAUGGGGACAGUGGCUGUGGUGCUGGCCGCAACGUGAGCCGCAGCUGCACCAACGAGGGCUGGACGCACCUGGAACCUGGCCCCUACCCCAUUGCCUGUGGCUUGAAUGACAAGGCAUCAGAUUUGGAAGAGCAGCAGCAGUCAAUGUUCUACAGUUCCGUGAAGACCAUCUACACCAUCGGCCACAGCCUGUCCCUCGCUGCCCUUCUGGUCGCUACAGCCAUCUUGAGCCUGUUCAGGAAGCUCCACUGCACGCGGAACUACAUCCACAUGCACCUCUUCAUAUCCUUCAUCCUGAGGGCCACCGCUGUCUUCAUCAAAGACUUGAUCCUGUUCAACAGCGAGGACGUGGACUAUUGCACCAAGGGCUCGGUGAGCUGUAAGGCAGCCAUGGUCUUAUUCCAGUACUGUAUCAUGGCCAACUUCUUCUGGCUGCUGGUGGAGGGCCUCUACCUGCACACCCUGCUGGCUGUCUCCUUCUUCUCUGAGCGGAAGUACUUCUGGGGGUACAUACUCAUCGGCUGGGGGGUGCCCAGCAUAUUCACCAUUGUGUGGACAAUCAUCAGGCUCUAUUUUGAGGAUACUGGAUGCUGGAACACCAUCAACUCCUCAUUUUGGUGGAUCAUAAAGGCCCCCAUCCUCACCUCCAUCUUGGUGAACUUUAUCCUGUUUAUUUGCAUUAUCCGGAUCCUGGUUCAGAAACUUCAGUCCCCAGAUGUUGGAAAGAGUCACAGCAGCCCAUACUCGAGGCUGGCCAAGUCCACUCUUCUGCUGAUCCCCCUGUUUGGAGUGCACUACAUCAUGUUCGCCUUCUUUCCCAGCAACUUUACAGCUGAGGUGAAAAUGGUCUUUGAGCUCGUCAUGGGGUCUUUCCAGGGGUUUGUGGUGGCCAUCCUGUACUGCUUCCUCAAUGGCGAGGUGCAGGCGGAGUUGCGGAGGAAGUGGCGGCGCUGGCACCUGCAGGGCUUCUUGGGCUCGGACGCUAAAUACCAGCACCCGUCAGGAGGCAGCAACGGGGCCACAUGCAGCACGCAGGUCUCCAUUCUGACCCGCGUCAGCCCGGGCGCGCGCCGUUCCUCCAGCUUCCAGGCCGAAGUCUCCCUGGUCUGACCGCCAGGCGCCCAGGGGCCCCCAGCGGCUCCUCCCGUCCGCACCACCCACCCCGGGCGGCACCGGGGACCGAGGCCUGCCCGGGCGAGGCCAGCCCCGGCCCUGGGCUCGGAGGCUGCCCCGGUCCCCAGGCCACUGUCCGGACGCCCCUCAAGAACUCUGCCCUUGCGCUUGUCUGAGAGUAGGGUGCACAGAUGCGGGAGCCGCUUCUCUGCAAGCAGGUGCGCCGGGGGACUCCCACCUGAGAAGACGUGGGGUGGAGCUCGGCCAUCAGACUCCUCCCCGAAAAGUCCUCGUCCGCCAAGCAGGGGCAAGAAGUCCACAUGCUCUCUCCCCUGACUCGGCGCUGGUGGCUCUCGGGCGCCGUCCAAGGUAGGCAACUGCCCGUCCUCGGACAAUGGAUGCGGGAUCGUGGUGUGUGCCGAGGACACAAAGAUCUUGGCCCUGAAGAUCACCGGCCACCACCACCUCGACGGAGCCUGAAGUUCCACCAUUGCGUCAAGUUCCUUUGGAUUAAGCAUUACCAUUAAGGCAUCUCUUCCCAGAGGCGGUCGCCUCCCCCAGCGUCGUCCUCUGAGCUGCCAGCCCUUCCAAGUGGAGGAGUUUGCCUCAGACGGGUGUGGUUUUGAUAGGGAGUUUAGUUUGGGGCGCGCAGGUAUCUCCAUAGUCCCUGCUGAAGCGCAGUGGUCCCAGGAUGGCUGGAACGAUCGAGACUGCCGCCAGCCCUACAAUCCCUACAGGCAAUGGGAGCUUCCCUUGGCCGCCCACCUAUGUGCCAGCUAUCAGAACCAGGCUGAGAGAUGUGCGUUCGUGCGCCCCUUAAUCCUCCCAUCAACCCAGCAAGGUGGGAACUACUGCCCCUAUGUCACAGGUCAGGAAACCGAGUCUCACAGAGAGGUCCCUCGCCUUGUCGCACAGGUAGGGUUCGAUCUUGGAUCCGUCAGAUGAGAAAAUGAAAGCACAAAUUCUUAACUGCUGCUUUUUAUAUAUUGUAACCAGUUUCAUCCUCUUAGUUAUUUGUAUCACCACUGAUAUUAUUGCUACCAUCCCUGCAAUCCCAUUCCCACGCGAGCCACACUGGAGUGUGGCUGAGAAGUCCUCUAGCCCACAUAUUGUCUGGACAGGAGCCUGGUGGUCAGUAACAUCCUGUGCCUACCCUGCACCCUGUGGCCACAUGGCUUCCUGCCCACACUCCAGCCAGAAGAUAUCCUCAGGACUGCAAACGGGCUGUGCGACAAUAAACGUUGGGUUGAAUCGG